AUGCGCCUAAUCGACACAACCACCCUCAGUCUCGUCGACGUGGUCGCCGAAAAUGCAAAGCCUUACGCCAUUCUCUCCCACACGUGGGAAGACGACGAAGUCACCUUCGAACACAUGCGGAUUUUGAGCCACCCAAAGUUGUCCAGCCCAGAGGUCAUGAAGGACAUAGAAUCCCGCGCCGGCUACCAGAAGAUCCAGCAGGCGGCUGCCCUCGCGCGGGGCGACAAUUAUGAUUUCAUCUGGAUCGAUACUUGUUGCAUCGACCAGGCCAGCAGCGCCGAGCUCUCGGAAGCAAUCAAUUCCAUGUUCUCUUGGUAUCGCGACGCUGCCGUGUGCUACGCCUACCUUUUCGACGUCCCCCGUGUCCCGCUCGCCCAGAGCCGCUGGUUUAAGAGGGGCUGGACCCUGCAAGAGCUCAUUGCGCCUUGUGAGGCCAUCUUCUUCUCGGGGGGGUGGCAGGAGAUCGGCAGGAAGACUUGUUCGAAGUUUUGUGACCAGUUGGCCGACAUUACGGGCAUUGACCGGCGCGUGUUGCUACGAACUGUGCCGCCAGCCGAUGUCAGCGUCGCCAACAGGAUGCGCUGGGCCGCCGGGCGCAACACCACCCGCCGCGAGGAUGUUGCCUACUGCCUCAUGGGCAUCUUCGGUGUCAACAUGCCCCUGCUUUACGGCGAAGGUGACCGCGCCUUUAUUCGAUUGCAGGAAGAGAUAUUGAAGGUUUCCGACGACACGUCCAUCUUCGCGUGGGAACAGGACGACGGCGCGCCCGGCGCCCCCCUAGAGGGCGAAGCACUAUACAGCCACGACAGGCUGUCUGGUCUGCUAGCCAGCUCUCCCGAAGCGUUUGCAAAUGUCGAAGGCAUUCGUGGGCUCCCCCGGCCGCCCACGCUGAAAAGCAUGCCUUGUACCAUGACAAACCAGGGUCUCCACCUGUCCAUGUAUCUUCAGCCUAUGCCUCCCGGGCCCAGCGGCCACUCCGACAGCGAGUUGUACAUCGCCUUCCUGGAUUGCUAUGUACUCCAGAGAGGCGAGCACGUUUACCCUACUCUGGUCCUCCGGAAGCUCCAAAGCGACCAGUUCGCGCGCUCAGGGUUGACCAAGCUGCUCAACAGGCGAGGCCCGUUGUCCGAGCAGGAUCAGCCCUCUGGACACGGCUACCAAGACUUUUACGUCAGGCAAGAGCCCAGACACUUCCUGCCAGACGUCUUGAUUGCCUCGAAUGAUGCUUAUCGAGUCAUCGACAUCUUUCCCCCGCAAUGCUGGUACUCCGACUCGCAUGCCCAGCUCGCGGCUGUGCUCUCAGACGUUAGCCUCUUACGCGCCAGUUGGGACUGGCGGACGAAGGAGACCGAGGGGUAUCCGGUAAUACCCAAGACUCUGGAAAACCCGCUUCAUCUCGCCGCGGCGUAUGGUAGCCCGGAACAUGUCGAGGAGAUGUUUGACGUCCUCCUGGGCGAGGGCUCCGGUUUGACGACGCGUAAUGCUGCCGGCGAGACGCCGCUUCACCGUGCCUGCGCCGCGGGGAACACCAUGGCGGUCCGACGCAUCAUGCGCUCUGACCAGACGGAAGCGCUGCUCUGGGCGCAGGACGAGCUUGACCGCUCCCCGCUGUGGCACGCGGCGUGUGCUGGGCAGUGGGAGAUCAUCCAGGUGCUACUUCGCAGGGCACCCGGCGGCCUCGUUGAUUUUGCCGAUAGCGAGGGUCGGACCCCGCUGCAUGCAGCGUGCCGCGAGGGCCACUCUGAGGCGGCGAGAGUCCUCCUAGAUGCGGGAGCGGACCCGGCCGCGGCGGCCGGGGCGACGUGCUUCACGCCCGCACACAUGGCCGCCCUCAUGGGACACGCCACCUGCCUCGAGGUGUUGUGGAAACACCCGCGGGUUUCCAAGUCCCAUAUGGGCCGCACCCUGCAGAACAUGGGGUCCGACGACUUCGGGCUUGGUUUCGACGUUUACUGCACGCCGUUCCACCUCGCCGUGGCGAACGGGCACCAAGACUGCGUCGAGGUGCUGCUUCAGGUCGUGGCCAACCCCAUCAGCAGCUGCACCCAUUUCAUAACCGUGUCCCACGAGCAAAAUGACGACUUGGACACGCCAAAGGCCAUGGUAGCAAUAGCGGCAAUGGACGCGGGCGACGGGGACAGGCUGGCCGCGGCGAUUUUCGAGCCGUCGCCUGGCCCGACGGGCAGCCUCUGGCGCGCCACCGUCAAGAAGGCCCUGGAGCGGGGCCGCGGAGCCAUCGACACGCGGCGCAUCAUCCGGUACACGGAGAUGACCUCCCACUCCUCGGGCCUGAUCAGCCUCGCCCGCUUCGCCGCCCGCCUCACCGCCCCGCUGGCUGCGCUCUCCACCCGGACUGCCGGGAAUGUUAGGGACAGGGCCCCGGUCAAGCUCCUCGAGCCGCCGCCGCCGCCGCCGCCGCCGCCGCCACCGCGCGAGCGAACGCCCGACUCCGCGGCUUCUUCCCGGUCGAGCAGUUCGUGUUCUAACCAAAGCUCUGGCACCAUGGAUAGCGCGUCAUCACACGUGGGAGCGGCCGGCUUGGUAAAGUGGUCGGCAAGGCGGAGCAAUCUGUUGGCGGCGGCGGCGCGGAGGGAGGAAGAUGUAUGGGAGCGAGAAUUGGCCUAUGGAUUCGACAGGUGACGUUGCUGCCCUUCGAACUCGUCUGUUUCUCUUUUGUGUUGUUCCUUUUGGAGAAGAAACAACGAUUCUGCAGGGGGGGGGGGGGUUGACGAGUAAUGAUGGAUUUGCUACCGGAAACGCCGUUGGGACAGGUCACACUCUCAUUUAGUUUUUUGCGCCCUGGGAAGUACCCCAUCUAGAAGCCCCUCGUAAUCCUCAACAAAGAGCCCGGCAGGGUGGACCAUUGGCAACUGGUGAUCCGUUCCAGCCCAUCCCGUUCCAGAUGUCAACACCAAUGUUGAAGCAUCAAGAAGUCGUGCCAAGAAAGACGCUAGUUUAGGACUAAAUCGGAGUCGACCCGUCCUAUCACGACUGCGCAGUCAACCACUAGCUCCACCUCGGCUCCAGUCCUUCCCCACCGCAGGGCGUUCACAGGCCGGGUACUGAUCCCGUCGUAUCUAAAAAUGGAAAAAGGA